AUGAACACCUAUCAAGACUAUCCCACGAUGCUCCAUAUGCCACUGAGACCGCACGCUUAUGCACCACCUCCGCCUGCACCACUCUCCAUUCCCGGCUCUUCAAAGAUUCACUAUGAGGGCAAUACUCUCCGCUCAGUCAAGGAACGCGUAGAGGACCUUCAGAACGCCAACGUGGACAACACGCCAGAUGGAAUCAUCCGACGAGAGACAGAAGCACUCGACGCACAGGAUCGGGAGAUGGGCUCAGGACCAGAGGAAGGAAGCGGUGCUGGCUCAAAUGAUGGGGACGAAGGCGGAGAAAACGACGAUGAUGGAGAAGACAGCGAUGGGGAGGAGGACGACGAGGGAGAGAGAGAGGGGGACAACGAGUCUGAUGAAGAAAUGGAUAGCUACUCCGAGUCUAAAGAAGAGGACGACUGCUCUCACAAGGUCAACAGAUAUACCCUCGGCGAACUUCUCGACGAUCACAACCUCUGCGGCUGCAAUGUCGGACACGGUGGCAAGAGCUACAAGUGCCCUUGCUGCGGAGAGUACCUCGAGCUCAUCUACGAAUACACGAAGGCCAAGGAAACCGGGGAAUGGCACGACACGCAGGCUUCCAUAGACCCUGGAGACGACGCUACGCUCUAUUAUCACUGUCACGGCUGGCGGAUCUGUGAGUGUCGACUCCCGAACGGCGAGAUACCGCGCGUGGAGUAG